AUGUACAGUUGUCAGUUGAAGAAUAUACAGAAAUUUCUCAUUUCCUCUUCACUUCUCUCUCCAAUUGCAUGCUCAAAUUAUGGUUUCCACUCUGAAAUCACUGUUUCACCAUUGAAGUACCAUAUACUCUAUCCAAAAUGACCAAACAUCAAUUUCUUUUUUCUGUCGUAUUCCUAGCUCUUUUCCAAAUCCCAAUUGCUAGUGCCAUAGCCAUUUACUGGGGCCAAAACGGAAACGAAGCAACCUUAAACGAAACCUGCGCCUCGGGCAGAUAUUCCUAUGUCAACUUAGCCUUCCUUAACAAAUUCGGAAAUGGCCAAACUCCAGAAAUCAAUCUCGCCGGUCACUGCAACCCCGCCGUUAACGGCUGUUCCGCCGUCGGUCCAGAACUCAAGCUUUGCCAAAAUCUAGGCGUCAAAGUAAUGUUAUCCAUUGGUGGUGGAGCUGGAAAUUACUCUUUAGCUUCAAGAGAAGACGCCAAAAUUUUUGCACGUUAUUUAUGGAACACAUUUUUGGGUGGAAAUUCAAAUUCCUCUUUUAGGCCUUUAGGUAGUGCUGUUCUAGACGGAAUUGAUUUUGAUAUUGAGCUUGGAUCGUCUCUUUACUAUGACGAUCUAGCUAAAUACUUGAAAGAUUAUGGUAGAAUUGGAAAAAAAGUGUACUUAACAGCAGCUCCACAAUGUCCAUUUCCCGAUAGUUUGCUUGGUACUGCUUUAAAUACAGGUCUUUUUGACAAUGUUUGGGUUCAAUUUUACAAUAAUCCUCCGUGUCAGUAUACUCCUAAUAAUACUGAUAAUAUUGAAAAUUCUUGGAUCCGGUGGACCUCGUCGGUGAACGCUACAAGGAUAUUUUUGGGUCUUCCGGCGGCACCACAGGCUGCCGGAAGUGGGUUUAUUCCGGCGGAUGUGUUGAUCGGCGAAAUUCUUCCGGUGAUCAAGAAGUCGAGCAAGUAUGGUGGUGUUAUGUUGUGGUCAAGAUUUUGGGAUGAGCAGAGUGGAUAUAGUGCCUCCAUUCGGGAAGAUUCGGAGCCAAUAAGAAAUGGGAGCGCUAGAAAUGUACCAAGCACAAGCUCAAUUCCUCCGGCUUUAUCACCAGCACCAUCUCCCAAUUUAACGCCAAGAUCAUCUGAUUCGUCUCAAAGAACUUCAAUUAAAUGGUGGAUAUGGCUUAUAGUUGCAAUUGGUUUGAUAAUAUUCGUCGGAAUUAGCUCCCUAUGCUACCUUCUGCACAGGAAAGGGAAAGCAAAAGCAACAGCUUUGCUAUUGCUUAAUCAAACAACAAAUAGAGCGAAAAGGAGAAAGAUGGACAAGAAGAUGAGUGAAGAAGUGCAAUUAUACAGCUUCGAGAGCCUGGCAAUAGCCACAAACAAUUUUUCACUAGGAAAUAAGCUUGGUGAGGGUGGCUUUGGACCAGUUUACAAGGGAAAGUUGCCUGAUGGUCAAGAAGUAGCUAUAAAAAGGCUUUCAACAAGUUCUGGACAGGGUCUGCUGGAGUUCAAGAAUGAAAUUCUAUUGAUUGCAAAACUUCAACACACUAAACUUGUUAGGCUUUUAGGCUACUGUACUCAAGGCGAAGAAAGGAUUUUAGUAUAUGAAUACAUGCAUAACAAAAGCCUAGACUUCUUCCUUUUUGAUACUAACAAAAAGGAGCAAAUAAAUUGGGGCACUCGAUUCAGAAUCAUUGAAGGGGUUGCUCAAGGUCUACUCUAUCUGCAUAAAUAUUCAAGGUUGACAGUUGUUCAUAGAGAUUUAAAAGCAAGCAACAUAUUACUUGACAGUGACAUGAAUCCAAAGAUAUCGGACUUUGGCAUGGCGAGGAUUUUUGGACAGCAAGAAUCUGAAGCAAAUACGAAAAGAAUUGUUGGAACACAUGGCUAUAUGUCUCCAGAGUAUGCCUUAAGAGGCAUUGUUUCAACAAAGACAGAUGUAUUCAGCUUCGGAGUUUUACUCUUAGAAAUUGUUAGUGGGAAGAAAAACAACAGCUGCUAUGAUUCUGAGCACCCACUAAACCUCAUAGGACUGGCAUGGGAAUUAUGGAGAGAAGAGAGAGCUUUGGAGCUAAUAGAUGCAACACUAAUUGAGUCAUGCUCGCGCGACGAAGUACUGAGAUGCAUUCAUGUGGGACUCUUGUGUGUGCAAGACUAUGCAAAAGAUAGGCCUUCAAUGUCCAGUGUGGUUUCCAUGCUUACUAACGAGUCGAGGCAACCACCACCACCACCAGAGCGACCCGGAUUUUUCAUUGAAAGGGGGGAUCAACAAUCACGGAGGUCUGAAGAAGCAGAAAGAUAUUCGAUAAAUGGACUAUCGAUUUCAGAGUUGAAAGCAAGAUAAGUCUACCAAUGCAGUACUCAAGGUCAAAAGUUAAAAGUGUUUUCCACCGGGUGAGUGAGGGACAACACUUGUUAAACUUGAAUUUCUGCCAACGAGGCAAAUGGAGACAAAAGUUCAAGACCAUCCUUUGAGGGCCAUUUGUGUACUUCACCCUUCCAUUAGAGCUUGUCCUAAUACAUAUUUCGUGGUUUUUUUUUUUCACUUUCAGUCCGCGCUAGAAACUAUUUACAUUUAGUAGUCGAAAAAGUGUAUACAAUUUAUAUAAUUUUUGUAUAUAACAGAAUGUAUAUAUAUACAAAAUGAGCCCUUUUUUU